AUGGAGAGGGAGUGUGUGGAAGAGUUGUGCAACUAUGAGGAGCUCAGAGAGAUCAAAGAGUCAGAUGACGCCACGUCUGGUGGCCCUGCCUGGGUGGGUGCUGAUCAUAAUGUUGCUGUGGUUGGAUUACCUAUAUCUACUUCUCUGACAGGUGACUGUGCAUCCGGACUCGGGCAGAAUUACAGAGGGAGCAUCAGUGUCACCAGAUCUGGAACAGAGUGUCAGUACUGGGGCAGCAGGUUUCCGCACAUAACAAAGGUAAAUCCAAACACUCAUCCUGACAAAAACCUGACAGGGAACUAUUGCCGAAACCCAGAUGGUAACACGCUUGGUCCAUGGUGUUACACAAAAGACCCUGAAAAGCCCAAAGAGGAGUGUGCUGUGCCUGUAUGUGGUGAGGUACAAAAAAAAACCACAGUGGAGCCGAUCCUUAUAGUAAAACAGGAACCUGUACAGACAGAAGAGGAACACUGCGAGCCCAACCGCGGAUUAGAAUAUGAAGGGACUCUGGCGGUGACCAUAUCAGGGCUGCCAUGUCUCCCCUGGGACUCAGCAGAUGUGGAACUGCACAGUCGCAAGGACUUCCGUAAAGAGGUUGUAUUGAAGGAAAAUUAUUGCAGGAACCCAGACGGGGAUGAUGAGGGAGUGUGGUGCUAUGUAUCGCACAUCAACAUGACGUUUGAUUACUGUCACUUAAUCUACUGUGACAACCCUGUAGAUGAAGAACUACCCUCUGUCAUUGGGGGACGCACAGACACUGUACAGCAUCAGACCUUCUUUGAUGGCGACUCGGAAUCGAUUAAUAAUGUUGUCUCUUUUGGUCCUCCUCCUGCAGUGUGUGGACAGAGGCCUCUCUUUGAACAGAAGAAAGUGAAAGACAAGGGCGAGGAAGAGUUAAUAUUGUCCAUGCAGGGUCGUGUUGUGAAGGGAGAGGAUGCCGAGCGGGGCAGUGCACCGUGGCAGGUGAUGAUCUUUAAAAAACAGCCGCAGGAGCUGCUCUGUGGGGCAAGUCUUAUAAGUGAUACCUGGAUACUCACAGCAGCUCACUGCAUCUUCUACCCACCCUGGGACAAGAACUUCACAGAGGACGACCUACUGGUGCGCAUUGGAAAGCACAACCGCUUGAAGUAUGAAAAGCAAGAUGAAAGAAUUCUAAAGGUUCAACGCAUUGUCAAGCACCCAAAAUACAACUGGAAGGAAAAUCUUGACCGAGACAUCGCACUUAUGCAGUUGAAACGACCUUUAAUCUUCACCAGCUACAUCCACCCUGUGUGCCUGCCCACCAAGGAGAUCGUACAAUCACUUUUUCAGGCAGGAUACAAAGGUCGAGUGACAGGUUGGGGGAAUCUUCAGGAAAACUGGAGCACUGGAGGUCCUAAGCUCCCACAGGUCCUACAGCAGAUUAACCUUCCCAUUGUGGAGCAGGAGAGGUGCAAAUCCUCCACCAAGGUCAAGGUCACAGAUAACAUGUUCUGUGCAGGUUACAAGCCAGAAGACAACAAAAGAGGAGAUGCUUGUGAAGGAGACAGCGGUGGUCCUUUUACUAUGAAGGACCCAGUCAGCAAUCGCUGGUACCAAAUGGGAAUAGUCUCCUGGGGUGAAGGCUGCGACCGUGAUGACAAGUUUGGCUUCUACACACAUGUGCACCGUUUGCGGAAAUGGAUUAUGAAGAUUAUAGAGCAAUGUGCCUCUUCUGAGAGCGGGCAUAUAUAA